GCAUAAAUAUGACUGCAACUCAUUUCCCGUCAUGUUUCAUCGUGACUGAUGCAAUCAUCACUGAUGCAAUGUGGCUGGAAAACCUCCACUAUAUUAUUAUGAUUAUUAUUGUUGUUAUUAUAUGUGCAAAAUAAAUUAUAAAGCAGACAGGCUACGCUAUUUAGAUUUUUUUUUUUUUUUUUUUUUUUAUAAAUGUAUUUCCUCUGGACAGUUGUGAGCCUCAUUCUCACCCAGUCAUGGUGGAUGUUGGGUAUUGUUCCGGCAGUUGUGCUCUGCGCCCGUUACUACUACAGCCGAAUGGUGAUCUGCAGCCUCCUGGAGCGUGUUGUCUCCACAGACCUGAAGGACAUUGACAAGUACUUGAAUUCACCAGAUCACUGUCUAUGGGUGGCAGAGCUGAAUGGACAGGUGGUGGGAAUGGUUGCUGCUCAUGGCAAUCAGACCACUAGAACUGUCAUGCUCCGCCGGAUGUCAGUGGACAAGAGAUUUCGGAAGUGUGGUAUAGGCUUUACACUGGGCCAGACAUUUCUUCAAUACGCUGUUGCUCAGGAAUACUACACAGCUACGUUAGGAACCACUGCUUACUUUCCAGCUGCCCAUCACCUCUACAAGCGACUAGGCUUCCAUCUAGUGGGGACCACAAAUGGCUACAACACUGCGGGAACAACACCCUCAGUACUGCAAAGGAUUUUUUACAGGGUCCGACACCAUCACUACAAACUGGAUUUACAAAGUGUUGAUUGAAUUUUGAGUGAAGCGCUUGUCACUGCCAGCUGAAUGCAGGGCUGCUGCAGUUCAGCCUAUUCGCUGGUAUUGGGCUGAUGAAGCUUCAUCAAUCAUUUGUCAGUUGUUUGUGCACUAAAUUCAGAAAUGAUGUUUUCCAAGUCGGGUCUUUUCCCUUCUAUAGUUCACUGCUUCAUCUACGGCCUCCUGUUCAGUCUGGUUCUCUUGAGGUUUCUGCCCACAAAAAGUCCUUUCCUUGCCCAGGAAACCCUCAACUCAUGAAUAGAGAAGAUACAUAGACCGCUUGCUGUGUUCUAUUAAUUAUAUUGUUCUUCAUUUUAUCCUUUUUUAAAAAUGUUUUUGUUGUAUGGAGA